CGCGGGAGACAGGGUUCCGGCGGUACUCAGUGCGCCGGCGUACGGGCGCGAGCGGUCACAGCGCCUUCCGGGAGCCGAGAAACAGAUUCCUCUCGCCGGGUUUAUCGCCUUCGAAGUGCCCUGAGCAACGUUCGGAGAGGCUGCCGGUCCUGGAAAGACUUUUCUCUACAGCUCCGGACGCCUCUGGGUGCCCAACUACUCCGGCUCUUGCCCCUUGACCCUGCUCUCGCGGCGGGGUGAGAGGUCGGGUGGCCAUCUUGUGGCGGCUGCGCGGACGGCUGUUACUGCGGUGACCCAUCCCCUCCUCCCACCUACCACCCGAGUCAUCUGUCAGUCAGUAAAGAGUCCGGCAGUCUGUCAGGUGAGGCCUCGGCCUCGUGCCGUCGCUCUUCCUGCCGCACUGGGCGGCCCAGGCCGCUCCCUGCCGGCCCUCACCGUCGCCACCAUGUCCUCCUUCUCCGAGUCAGCUCUAGAGAAGAAGCUCUCGGAGCUGAGCAACUCUCAGCAGAGCGUGCAGACCCUGUCCCUGUGGCUCAUUCACCACCGCAAGCACGCGGGGCCCAUCGUCUCGGUGUGGCACCGCGAGCUCCGCAAAGCCAAAUCAAAUAGAAAGCUUACUUUUCUGUACUUAGCAAAUGAUGUCAUCCAAAAUAGUAAAAGGAAAGGACCCGAAUUCACUAGAGAAUUUGAAUCUGUCCUUGUGGAUGCUUUUUCUCAUGUUGCCAGAGAGGCAGAUGAAGGCUGUAAAAAACCUUUAGAAAGAUUGCUGAGCAUCUGGCAAGAACGAAGUGUGUAUGGCGGCGAGUUCAUACAGCAGCUGAAGCUGUCUAUGGAGGACUCCAGGAGCCCUCCCCCCAAAGCAGAAGAGAAGAAGUCUCUGAAGCGAACUUUUCAGCAGAUACAAGAGGAGGAGGACGACGACUACCCUGGAAGUUACUCCCCCCAAGACCCUUCUGCAGGACCCCUCUUGACGGAGGAACUAAUCAAGGCUUUGCAGGAUCUGGAAAAUGCCGCUUCAGGGGAUGCUACUGUCCGACAGAAAAUCGCUUCUCUGCCCCAGGAAGUGCAAGAUGUUUCUCUUUUGGAAAAAAUAACAGACAAAGAGGCAGCUGAACGGCUUUCAAAAACAGUGGAUGAAGCAUGUCUGUUACUAGCAGAAUAUAACGGGCGCCUGGCGGCAGAACUAGAAGAUCGGCGCCAGCUGGCUCGGAUGUUGGUGGAGUAUACCCAGAACCAGAAAGAUGUUUUGUCAGAAAAGGAGAAAAAACUAGAAGAAUAUAAACAGAAGCUUGCCCGGGUAACCCAGGUCCGCAAGGAACUGAAGUCCCACAUUCAGAGCUUGCCAGAUCUCUCACUGCUGCCCAACGUCACAGGGGGCUUGGCCCCCCUGCCCUCUGCUGGUGACCUGUUUUCAACUGACUAGGGCAACUACCAUGCGGCUCCAGAUUCCCAUCUGUGCCAGCAGAAAGAAGAGGGCUCAAGUCAUGGUUGGAAAUAACCUUCUAGCCCCUGGUUCUGUCCCUGCUUCCACCUGGCCCUCCAGCCUCCAGAAAGAACCACAGAGCCUUGACUCUCCUCUCCGGCCUCACGUUGAGCACAAUUCAGAACAGUGGCGAGUGGGACCGCUUCCGAUUCACAUUUGGAAAGAAUACAAACUCUUUCUCCCACUUCAAAUUUUCAUGCACCUGUUGGUUUUCCAUUUUUAGCUCUUUUUACACCCAAGAAGUUAUAAAAAUCAUGUGUACCUCUGACAUUUUCAUAAGAAUAUUUGUCCCUCAUGACAGCAUUUCCUCAUGAAAGCAGUUUCACCUUUCUGAGCUGGGCUCGUUCACGUUAGGUAGAGGCUUCCACUGAGGGGCUCUGUCUGGUGCCGUUGGCUCUCCCAGCUACCAUCUGCCCCCAAAGGUUGGAGAAACAACUGUUGAGCAACUUUGCCAUAAAGAGUUUGCCAAGUGUCUGAUCUUCCCUUCCCGUUACUUCUACUAGUGUCGCAUAGUCGCAGGUUAGGGAUAUUUAUGUUGUAAGCAGACUAGAGUAUUUAGCAGUAAGAUCCAAAGGAGAUCUGGGGACAUGAAGUCAGGGAUGAAAUAACAGGGAUCACAAGCAUGAGUUAAAAAUAAGUUACUUGCUUCAAGUUUCUACAUACACCCUUCCCAGGCUGCAAGGGUCCUACUCACUGAAUCAUGGAGCGUGUUCCUAAAACACGCUCCUUUGACCCCUGUUGUUUGAGAAGACACUGCACUGGUGAGUCUACACACCAGCAUGCUGGGGCACUGGGCUCUGCAUGGGUGUUGCUCUGACCCUUUUUUUGGAGGGGGUGUGGGGCGUAUACACUAACAGUUAUUCCACUGUGUGGACAUCUGUCCACAGUUUGGUGGCUAAACUUGAAGCUUCUCCCCUGCAAAUAUGACGCUCUGUGCAUGUUCACCUGCCAGUCAGUUCCUGCCACUGCCCGCGUCCUUGUACCUGUAUGAGGAGAAGGACUUUGUAUCACAUGUUAUUGGGGGAGGCCAGGGGAGGGAUGUUAAUUUGGGGUUUUAAUUUCAUUAUCAUGCCAGGUGACAUUAUGACUAUAUAAUGUAGUUAGGGUUUUUAUCUUGCUUUUAGUAAAGGUUAGGCCUGCUAACUGUAAAUCAUUCUAAUUUGGCAGACUUGGUUUUGACAUUGGAAAGGGCAGAAAACAGUUUGCCCCAAUUGUGUAAUAGGAAUUAUAGCUGAAAUCCACAAGCUGUGAAAAGGAAUUCAGUGGAGGGGGGGAGCUUCAGAAUCUGCAUAACCUUGAGUUGGUAUCCUCAAGAUGACCCCUUAGCCAUUUACACAUAAUACUGUAUGUUGAACCAGUGAACAUAACCUGUGUUUUAGAAAGUAAAACAGGCUUCCCUUCAGGAAGCUCUCUGCCUGCCGUGAAGUGAGAACAGUGAAAGGUCAUAGCAGGUAAUCAGUUUAACUGUGCAGAGCCGAGUAGUGGUGACGCGCUUACCGACAUUGCCUGUUCUGUCACUGUUCAGUAAUAAAUGUCAAGUUUUUCUCCCUGAGGCCACAGGGCAGUAGGUGGUUUUACUAAAAUUGCAAGAUAAAUUCUAAUCCUUACUGUCUCUGCACAGACGCCCCUACCCCAUAUGGUGUGCUGAUUUACUCCUGCACAGGAGCGUGUUUCUGAGCAGACCUGGCUGGGACAUUCUCUGUGCUUUGGCCAAGGAAGCAAAAUGUUACCAGCCACAAAUCAACCGAAAGGGUAUGAUAAGUGUUUGCUCUGAUCAGCUAGCUGAAAAUGUUAGAAUGGAUUUAGCCCACUGCUGUGUUUUAUCUGAGUCUUCGACCAGCAAUUGGUGCAUAGUUAUUACAGCAAGAGAAAGAAAUGACAUUUUAGCAAUUAUGUAAGUGAAUGUGUUGGUCUCUUAACACCUGUUAGUAGUGGACUUCCUAUGAGGAAGUUAGCUUUUUUUUUUUUUUUUGAUGAAAUGCCUUUUGUUUUUAAAAUCUUUAUCCUUCUCUCCACAUCCUCCCCAAGUGUGCUUACUUCCGUUGCUUAAUUUAAGUAAAUCUUUUUCCUUCCAUAUCUGAGGUGAUUUGAGGCAGGCAGGGUGGGUUUUGUUUUUGUGUUUUUUCCUCCUUUAUUAGGGCAUCCAUAGGCCUCAAAGGACCUUUCCUUUAGGUCAUAUUCCUCAGAAAGUCUUCUAUCUUCCUUUGUUUUUGUUUUGUUUUUUUUCUUAAAGAAUAUUUUUAAAGCUUAAAUUUGUAUAUUAAUUUAGGACUUUAUUUAGAAGUAUAGGCUGUCAUUGGUGGCAGCAGUAUAUUCUGAAAUGUCUCAUAGAUAUAUAUUUUUGAAUAAAGAUGGUGUUCUUGAACAACAUUGUGUGGUUUCUUUUCCCUGCCUCGUUACAGAAAACUCAAGGCUUUCUUUGUAAGCAGUGAGUGAGUAGUAAUCACCAAUACAGAUGUGCUGUCUCCACAGAAUCUUGUCCCUUAGGAGUUUUUGUGACUGUUAGUGGCCCAUAAAUACUUAGCACUUACAUAGUGUUUUCUGGUUCUUUCCACGGGCUUAAUUAGCUUUAAUUAGCUGAUCCACACAGUACCCAGGAGAGGUACCCCCUCAUUGUAUAGAAAUGGGAACUGAUGGAGAGAGGUUAGAUAACCUCCCCCCCGCCCCUGCCAGAACCACCCAACUAGGCUCUGACAGAUUAAAACUUGGAAGUUCUUUGAUUUCAGCGCUUUUGUUCACAACACUAGGCCUCCUGAGAUGUGUUUGGUUUUGGCAAUACGGGGAAAGCUACCCUGAAUAGAAAAAAGAAAAAGGCAAGAUAAUUGCAAAACCCAAGUAGUAUGUCUCUUAGAAGCAUUUUUGUGGAUUUCCUUGUUCCUUUCUCUUCGCUUUUAAAUUCAACAAAAGCAUAUUGACUGGGUAUUGUUGGUGAUAACUCUUAAAAUAAUAGAAAAACAUAGGUUUGAAAUAGGUCCUUUUGAGGCAAAUUAUAUGUGUUGAAAGGAUCCUUUGAACCUUUCCACUGGAUGAGCCCAUCACUUAGCAGAAGAGGAGGGAUUACCCGUUUAUCUGGUGAUAUAAAAAAACUGCAGCAGCUGUGGACCAUCAAAACUAAAAGCAACUCAAAGUCCAGAAUUAGCAAAGUUAAGACUGCAUUAUGCAAGUUCUGUCUUAAAAUAGGAAGGUUGACUGUAAUGUGAAUCUUGGGACAAGAUCUCCUGUGUGUCCGCAGGUUUCAUGGCCUUGUUAAUUUCUGCAUUCCUACCUAUAAAUAGUAAGUCCAUAAUUCCUUCGGUUUAAUUAGCACUUCAGGCUACACAAUGUGAUUCUGAGAUCCUCAGAACUGAAGGUGAAGUUACCCAAGAGCUCAUGAAUCUGUCAAAAUGCCUAACUUUUGCGAUUAGAGCCAUUAACUCUGUGUGACCUUCCUGGGCAAGGUACUUCACCAUGUGGGCCUCAGUUUUCUUAUCUAUGAAAUGUGUGGUAGUAGACAAUUACUUUCGGGCUCUCUGCCAGUCCUAAAAGCUUAUGAUUGCUGUGUUGCAUAAGAGGAGUGCAAGGGUGGCAUAUCCUAAGUUCCCAAUAAUGUUUGAUGGAUAAGUAAGUAAUAUCACCAUUGUGCACCAUUGUGCUGCAUGUUCUUGUUAGUCGCCAUUGAUUGAGUCAGCUCCGACUUACGGUGAACUUAUGUAUAACAACAAAACGAUGACCAUUCCUGCAGCACCUUCAUGAUCUUUGAUAUGUUGGAGCCCAGUGUUGAAGAUACGGCGUCACCCCAUCUCACUGAAGGUUUCCCUUGUCGCUAGCUCGCUGUUGAACAUGAUGUCUUUUCUAUCAAUUGGUCUUACCUGCUGAUGUGUCCAAAGUAAGACAGAGUCUUGCCAUCCUCACUUCUAAGGAGCAUUCGGUUGUAUUUCUUCUAAGACUGAUUUGUUUGUUCUUCUGGCAGUCCAUGGUAAUUCAAUAUUCUUCACCAAUACCACAAUUCAAGCGCAUCAAUUCCUCUGUCUUACUGUGCUGCGUACAAUCCUAAAGCAUGUAUGAAACCCUGGGGAUCACCGUAGUCUAUAAAGGUCAGAACACAAGACACGGUGAGUGUUCAGACUAGGAGGAUGAAAGUAAACUCAGUAGUUCACCAUCUGGGCACAAGCAAUCUGCAUUUGGUUUAUUUGGGAUCCUUAAGAAAAAGCUGUUUUCUAACCUGGCUUUGCUGUCUUACUUUCUCCUAGAAUAAUUCAUCUGGCUAAGCUCAUUUCUCAUCACUACCUGUGUGGAAUUUUCCAUUUAAAAAUCAUUCUUCCACUCAGAGGCACAGAUUCAAUUAAGAAUCCAUUAUUCUCUGGUACAGUAGAUGGCAAUUCAGACAGCUUUAUGUAGUGUUGAAAGCCCAGUUUGUUCAGUUUUUUUAGACCCUGAAAUAGUUAUUUUGCAAUAAAUAUUAAUUUCUACCACUGGUUUGAUAAAUAUUGAAAUUAGCAGUACAAAUUAGAAUUUAAUAUUUUUUACCAAUAAGAGGCAACUGUGGCAAUCGAUAACCCACAUCUUCUGAUCUCCUCUCACUGUGAUGUCCUUGGGCAAGUCACUCAGCCUUUUGGGACCUCAGCUGCUGCUUUAAGGAAAUGAGUGGGGGGAACUAAGUAACCUCAAAGAUCUAAAGUUCUAUGACUAGGUUUUCAGAAUAUUUCUUCCUGCUGAGAAUCUUACUGACAAACUCAGAACUUGCACAAUGCCCUCCAGAGAUUUUUAAAUGCCAGUUAUCUGUAUGCACUUUUAGUAAUGAAAUGGAUGUACUCAGUUAACACGAGGUCAUACCGGCAUAGGACAGCCCCUAAUCCAAUAGCGCCCAACGCUAGUGGUGUCCUCAUAAAAAAGGAAAAGAGACACAUGGGGCAGAUGGCCAUGUGAAGAUAGGCAGAGAUUGGAGUGAUGCACCUAUAAGCCAAGGAAUGCCAAGGAUUGCCAGAAACCACUAGACGCAAGGAAGGGACAAGGAAGGAUUUUACCUAGAACCUUCAGAGAGAGCAUGACCCUGCUAACGUAUUGAUUUCAGACUUCUGGCCUUCAGAACUGUGGGACAGUAAGUUUCUGUUAUUUUAAGCCAAAUGAUAAUGUUUUAUGAGAUGCUAGCAAAAAGAGCCUAGUACUAUGUCUGGGACAAAUUAGGCACUCAAUGGUAGCUGUUAGUAUAGUAAAUAAUAAAUGUAGAUUUUUAAAAAUAAUGUUGCAUUUUUGGUGAAAGUUUACACAGCCGAUUAGGUUCCCAUUUGACAAUUCCUACACAAAUUGUUCAGUGACAUUAGUUGCAUUUUUUGCAAUGUGUCAACGUUCUCUUUGAUUGCAUUCUGGUUGUUGUUUCCAGCAUUCCAGUUUCCCUGCCCCCUUAUCUUCUCAUCUUUGCUUUAGAGUGAUUGUUGGCCUUUUGGUCUCGUAUAGAUGGUUUCUUACUGGAGCACCGUACUCAUGGGUAAUAUCCUUUAUUUCAUGUGCCAAUUUGUUAUUUUGCUUAAAGGUGACCUCGGAUAGUUUCAGUUCAAGGUUUAAUAGAGCAUCUCAGGGCGAUAGUCUCAGGGAGCCCUCUAGCCUCAACUAGUCCAGUAAGUCUGGGCUUUUUAAGAAUUUGAGUUCUGUUCCACAUUUUUCUUCCAUUCUGUCAGAGUUCAUUUGUUGUGGCCCUGAUCAGAACAGUCACCACACAGCUAAACCACACGCAGGAUUUACAAAGGAGAUGGUCAAAAGACUGUAACUCUCAUUACCCACCCCUCCAUAUUGAGGUAUAAAGGAUUAGGGGUUAGAGCUGAAGGAAGAGGAUUUCUGUUGGGGAUUUCUUUGAAAAAAGCCAUUGGUGUGUUUUGAGUCUCCAAGGCAGAGCAGUGGAUGCUACCUGUCCCUUAUCUUAGGGCCAGGAAGAAAGGCCUCAGUGGAUGCCCACUGUUUUGUCUCCUAUAGGUUGGUGGCCUAGACUGACUCCUGCCAGGACAAAUCUAAAGGAGGGGAUGCCAGUGGCUGGCUAGGUGCUUCGAUGAUGGAGCAAGUGAGAGGUGGCUGAGUUGGGUACAGCCUCCACUCCUGGAGUUUGCCGGGGCAAGGGAUGCAUGCAUAUCUUCCGGGGAUAGAGUGUCAGCUGCAUGCGAAAGAACUGGCCUGGGACCGUCUCAGAGCCGGCUGAAGAGAGGGCCGAGGACAGGGCAGAAAGCAAAGGGCCAGGGAGAGGGAAUUGCUUACUUUUAGAAAGCGCUCCCUGGUGAUGGGGGACGAGGAUGGGACAACUGGGAGGAGAAAGGGGAUGAUGAGUGUCCAAGGAAGCCAAGUGAGAAGAAGGUAAAGUCCUGCCAAACCGGUGCCCAGGCACCACACCACCACCCAAGUAAGAAUUUUCCCUUGCUCUGUCACCUUCUCCUCACUUGCUGCUCUAUCUCUGGAGGAGUCAGUGACCUUAACAAACACAGGCAGCCUCCCUUCUCUGGUGCUGGCUCUCACCUGCAGCAGACCCAGAGCAGUAAACUGGGUAAUCCAUUUUAAUCAUAGUGUGGAAUGGACUGGACAUUUAAAUUUCUGAAUCGAGGCCGUUUUACAUGUUAAUUGUGACUAUGGGUUUUGUUUGGUUUUUAGUUAAAGAUUGACUACAGAAGUUGUGGGGGCCUACCUGAGUUUUCACCUACAGCUACAAGAACCACUAGCCCCACAAAGUGGAUUUAAACGGACAGUUGUUAGCUGCUAUGGCAUCGUGGUGACCUGGUGACUAUGACUCAUGGUGACCCUAUAUACAACAGAACAAAAUGCUCUCUAGAACGAGGCACAGCCCAGUCCUGUGCCAUCCCCACGGUCCGUUGUAGAUCAGACCAUCGUGAUCCACAGGGUUUUCGUUG